AUGUCUUCCCACCAGCAGAAGCAGCCCAGUAUCAUACCUCCUCAGCUUCAGCAGCAUCAAGUGAAACAACCCUACCAACCACCUCCCCAGGAGCCAGGCAACCCCAAGGGCCCACAACCAGGCACCAAGUUGCCACAGACAAGUUAUCCUAAGUUUCCAGAGCCAGGCACAACCAAGUUGCCAGAGCCAUGCCAACCUAUAGUUCCAGGGAAAUACCCCACCAAGACACCAGAGCCACACUACCCUGGGGUCCAAGUGCCAACCCACCCUAAGGUCCCAGAGCCAGGCACUACCAAGGUCCCAGGGUAUUAUCCACCUCCUGCCCAAGAGAAGUACCCACAGGUCCCCAAGACCAAACAGAAGUAA